CGCUGUGUGGUGCUGCGGUUUUUGAAGUCCCCCCCAAACCAGAAUAAGACUUCAGAGGAGAUACUACACCAUCUGCAAAACAUUGUAGACUUUGGAAAACAUGUCAUGAAGCAGUUCUUCGGGGAGAACUAUGUUCACCAUGGGGAAAUUAUUCAACUGCCUUUAGAUUUCGUAAGACAGCUCUGUUUAAAGAUUCAGCCAGAGAGGCCAGAGUCUCGCUGUGAUAAAGACAUGGACACUCUUAGUGGUUAUGCAAUGUGCCUUCCUAAUAUUACCAGGCUGCAGACUUACCGUUUCAUGGAACACCGGCCAAUCCUCUGCAUAGAGAUUAAGCCAAAGUGUGGCUUCAUUCCUUUUUCCAGCCAUGUGUCACAGGAGAUAAAGCACAAGGUGUGUCGUUUCUGUAUGCAUCAGCAUCUAAAGGUAGCGAAUGGAAAAUGGAAGCGACCAAGUAAAUAUUGCCCAUUGGAUCUCUUCUCAGGAAAUAAACAGAGAAUGCAUUUUGCUUUGAAGAGCUUAUUACAGGAGGCACAGAACAACUUGAAAAUAUUUAAGAAUGGGGAACUAAUUUAUGGAUGUAAAGAUGACCAGGACUGUGUCUCUGACUGGAACGAACUUGCUCGUCACUUAAAACCUUUCUUUUUUCCUUCCAAUGGGUUGGUCAGUGGACCACGCUGUACAAGGACAAUUGUUAAAGAACUAAUCCAUGUUAUAACUAUGACGCUACUAAGUAGCACUGAUGCCUGCAGGGCAGGUGAUAUGAAGACAAUUCCUGUUUCACAAGGCAGAAGCUACUGUGAAGCAAGUGCUUUUAAUAAGGAGCUGGUAAGAAAUGGUAAACAUAAAAUGGAAAGUUCUGGCUUACCGCGGGGUUGUCUCCUUUAUAAAAUCCUUCAGGCUCAGAUGCUUGACAUGCUGGACAUUGAAGGACUCUAUCCUUUGUACAGCAGAGUUGAACAGUACUUAGAGGAAUUUCCUGAAGAGAGAAGUACAUUACAGAUAGAUGGACCGUACAAUGAAGCAUUUUAUGAGAAGCUGCUAGAUCUUUCAACUGAAGAUGAUGGGACGGUAGCAUUUGCGUUAACAAAGGUGCAGCAGUACAGAAUAGCAAUGACUGCCAAAGACUGCUCCAUCAUGAUUGCCCUGUCACCCUGUCUACAAGACGAAUGCUCUGAGCAAAGACCUGUGGUACUAACAUCCAAAUCAAGAUUCACCUUUUCUGUUUCUGUCCUGGACCUCGAUCUAAAAGCAUAUGAAAGCAUUCCUCAUCAGUACAAACUUGAUGGCAAGAUAGUAAACUAUUACUUGAAGAAUGUACAGGCCAAAGAUGACCCAGUUAUGUCCAAUCUCUUCAAGGAGAAUGAUGACUGCACAUUAGUUCUCCAUAAAGUGUAACCAUUUCCUUAAUGUUAUUUCUAUUCAAACACAUUAGAAAGUGAAAGAUUAAUGGAGUACAAUUAUGGUGAUUUUUUUUCUAUUGUGUUCAGUGCAUUUUUCAGCUGUGAAUGUUUUUGCUCUAAGAAAUGAACUCUAAUUGGUAUGCCUUUUCAAAGACAUGGAUUAGCACUAAAACAUUCAUUUGCUGUAUAACCUUGAUGAAUGUAUCUAAUGUGACAGAACAGAUAAAUGUGCCAUACCUUGGAACUAGAGGACAGAUGAAAUUAAUCCUAAAAGUCUACUUCCUUAGAAUCAAAAGAGCACAGAAUUAAAGGUUUCCUGAAGUAUUGCACAAACAUAGAAAGCCUAAUUACUAACAAGAGAAUUGCCUUGGAGCUUGUGCUUUGAGUCUCACUCAUGCCUACUAGGAAAAGGGAAUGCUUUGACAGAACCGAGUAUAGAACUUUAGCAUUAAGUCCACUGAAAAUACAACUGACGUGGCUGCUCAAGUCUGAUCUAUGGAACUACCGUCUUACUGCAGAACACUUGUAAGUACUAAUGCAUGAGAUUAGGAACACCAGACUGCCUCCAGAAGUUUUGUGAUCACCUUGUAUCUACCUAAAGCUUCUGAAACUAAGUGAAAAGGGUUAAAGGUAAGCAUCUUUUGAGUUCUGUGUGAUAGCUGGGCUUAACUCAU